AUGGAAGUCCUGCCUUACCUAUUUCGUGUACGUGCCAAUCAAUUUCCUGAUAUUUUUUAUCCUAGUUUUGAGGUGCUAGAUGGAGGAUUUUGGGUAUACAUUGAGCAAUGUCAUGGAAAGUUCAUCGACAAUCCAUCUAAGUUCCAAUUCUCAUACGCAAUGCAAGAAUAUGUGCUGGGGAUUCGAAUGAAGGAGUCCAAGCCAUGGAAAUACGUAAAUCAUUUGUUGAUUCCACUAAACAAGCGCAACAUACAUUGGGUGGUAGGGCACGUGGACUUAAAAGAGCAUCGCAUGACUGUAUAUGAUUCAGAUAAGGCUGGUAACCGAUACAAGGGACAAAUUUAUUUCCAGAAAUUAUGCAUAAUGUUACCAUAUUUACUGCGGUCUGCAUCCUUUUAUGAGCAGCGGCCGGAUCUUGUAGACUCCGUUGACGAGUUUACAUGUGAAUUGGCACAAAAUACCCCUCAGCAAAGUAACGGUGGUGACUGUGGCAUAUUUACACUCAAGACCAUCGAAUUCUUACAUGCUACAUUACCAUUGACAUUCACACAAGAUAACAUGGAGUUCUUUAGGAAGAAGUAUGCAUAUGAGGUUUAUAACAAAGAACUUAGCAUAUGAGCUGCGUGGUGAUGCUUUUUUCUUUCCUUUUUUCAUGUUUAUAGAUGCAUAUUAUUUAUUAUAUUUGACUUUUAAUUGUAAAUAUAAUGGUGGCUUAUAAUGUUCAUUUAACAAAGAUAACAAUGUGGUAUUGAUGUAAGGAUAAGUAAUUGACCUUAUAGGAAAUGUGCCAUGUUUAUUUAUUAGAAUU